UAUGCAGACAAAUGGCAAGUCGUGCACAUUUCGCACGUGGCCAUGAGCAGCGAAGAAGUUGAGAAGCGCAAUGAGACUCUCGUGGAGGUUGUAGAUCCACUGUACCUCUUUUCGCGCGACGCUGAGGGUGAGGUAGAUGCGGAUGGCGAAGUGGAUCUUCAUGGGGGGAUAGAUACAUCGCCGAGUCUCUUCGCAGAAGGCCACUACAGUACUACCACGCCAAUGCACGAUUUCGUGCAUUAG